AUGAUUUUAAGUGAUAAUUCAGACAUCGUGAAAAACUUGAGAAGUAGGCAAAAAAACAUCUUCAUGGAACCUCGAGAAAAAAUGAAAUGUGCCCUACCUGAUUUGGUUGUCGCUAAGUGUAUUAAUUUUGUGAAAGUUUUCAAUAAUACGAAGAAUGCAGGGUCUAUGAAGAACAUACUUCACAAUAAAAAAUGGAAAGAAAGUGAGACAGAUUUAGUAAAAAUAAUGGAAUAUAUUCUAGGCAUAAUUGCUAUUUGUCUAAGUACAGCGGAACGUCAAAGUAUAGCAAGUAAAGCUCAAAGAAAUUUAGGAAUAAUUGGAGAGCGGAUAGGAAAAAAACCUGACAUUAUGGGUUUAUUAGAGCAAGAUGAAAAAAUUAUUGAGCUAUUGUAUACUGAGUCAUCACGUAUUGUUUGUAGUAACUCAAAAAAAUCAGACGAUGAGAUUGCAGGUAUAACUAUGUAUCUGAAUAUUCUUGUGAAUGAUCUGGCUAGUAUACCAAGAUACUUCCAUCUAGAUCAUGCAGAAAUUCCAUUAUCCUCUCACCAGUCAUGCCUGAAAUCUCUUAUUCGUUUAUUAUUAACCCUGAGAAAUGCAUUAGAACAAGCCACCUCUCAUCCACCUCGAAAUGUUAACCCAAGUCUUACUGUUUCCACGCUACCAUAUAAUAAUUAG